AUGCUCAUCGAUGGUGAAAAGUAUGCUUGUGAAGCUUGCGUCCGGGGUCACCGAGUCAGCAGCUGUCAUCACAGUGACCGCCAAUUGACCCACAUCAACAAAAAAGGCCGCCCAGUCUCUCAAUGUACUCACUGCCGCGGCCUACGCAAGUCUCGGACAACUCACACCCAGUGUGAUUGCGGCGAUAAGAAGAAGAAAGACGACUGUCAUUCCGGCGCCCCCCAUGGUCGCUGUGGCUGCUGUCAUGGCCAGCGCUGCACUUGUGCACUCAAAAAGGAACACCUAGACACUGUGCCUGAAACCGGUCUUCCCUUCUCUCCGCCCCCGCUUACGAUUGAGACCCCACGGAAACCGCCUCUUACGUCUACCAAAUCGGAAUCGACGCUUACAAUUUUCCGCGAUGGUCAUCAUAAGCCCGCUCACAAGCAUAAUGACAUGGCCCACAAAUGUGGAUUGCCUUAUAUGAUCCCACGAUCACAUACCAUCCACCACCCAACUGACCUACCCCGUCGGUCGGUGGAUCAUUUGCCGCUAGCCCAGUCGGCCUUUGUCAAGGAACCUUUCAAUCUGUCCGAGUUUCCCACACAGACGUCGCAAAACGGUUCUCCCAACAGCGCGACUGUUUCGGGUUCCGAAGACGAUUUGAAUCCCGCUCCUCUCGAUCACUCCUACCUCGAUAAUUUCGCUACCCCGGCACCUCCUGCUCCUCCAUUAGAUCGAUCCCAUGACCCGCUGUCAAAUCCGACAUCUGCGCCUGCAACCAUGGACAAAUUCCCUCUCGAGCAAAUUGUCACCAGUGUCCCUCCGCUUGACGUCUCCUCUUUCGCCUCCUUCCCCACCACGAGCACCAAUUCUCCAAUCACCUGCAUGGCAUUCCAAGAACCUUACCAAGAAUGUUAUUUCACUUCUCCGGACUCCGAAAUGCCCAUGGGGUCUACUGGUAUGGGUGCUCCCUCGGUCGACUGGUCAAGUUUCCCUCUAUACUCCGACCUCCCUGCCGCAACCAGCACGCAAGCUCCUUCAUACGCUAGCUUUGAUUACAACGGAUAUCCCUCCGGUCUUCCAGCGCCAUCAUCCUCCGGAGACAUCUCCGAGGCUGAUGAGUUUGGACCGCUUCCAGGCUUGGGUCAUGCUAGCAAUGACAUGCAUGAUCUGCACAGCGUGAGCGAAGCAUCUGACAUGGACCAUCUUCGCGUCAGCUCUGCAUCCUCAUUGGUCGGUUUACCUCAGACCCGUCUUCUGUCAUCCAAUGACCUGGACUCGAUCAACAUCGAUGAUUUCCUUAAAUCGACCAAUGAGUCCACUGCUGCGCUCGAGCACCAGCUGCAAGCCAGCAUGAUCAUGGAGCCAAAGUCGGUCCCUGCGCAGGAUAUCUACACCGCAUACAAGCCCAUGACGUCGGCCCCGAUUACUAGCGCUCCCUCGCCGCCAUCGGACUCCGUUCCUAUCUGGCCUGGCGCUCUCUUCAAUACUGGUUCCACUUCGCCCAUGGAUGACAACUUCUUCCAACAAUCCUGGGCCCAGUAA